AUGAGAAUUCACACUGCUGUGCACAAACCCACACACAGACACAGACACCCAAGUGAAAAAGAAAAGUCAAAAAAUGUAACAACAUGCUUGAAAAACAGCAGUUCCCUUCUGGUCUGGGAUAGCUCAGUUGGCCUAGAGGAAUGAAGGGCUGGGUUUGAGUGAGCCCCAGUGUUCAUCUGUGAUCCCAGUGCUGAGGUAAAGGCAGCAUGGUCAGAAUGAUGGAGAUCUGUGAGUUAUCAUCUGGCUGCUAACUAAAAGCAAGGGAGGAACUUGUAGACUGCUCACUCACCCCACUUAACCCUCAUUCAAAGUAAAUGAAGGACAGGUUACUUAGGCAGCAGGUAAGAGGCCACUGAACAAAGCAUAGUCACAAACAAAGAAGACCCAACAUUCCAAGGCCCUUUAAAGGAGAGAUUCAGGAAUGCAAAUCUAGUCAGUCAAGUCACAGAAAGUGAGGGCUGGAAACCAUCCAGUGGCUUAGCUCUCUCCACAAUCCUUAGUGACCUUUAUAGGUGUAGCUCCAGUGGAAUAUUAGCCUUGGAAGUUAGUAUGACGUGGGAGCAUGCUGGAUCAAGUACGUGUUUUGAAUUUUCGGUUUCAAAACGUGUGAAUGCAUCUGUCUACCAGACUAAGGGCCAGGAGAUGCAGGAGUCUGAAGUCCAUGAGAGAGGAAAUGACCCAUGCAAAUGCAGUCACUCCUCUGUUUGCAACUAGAUGGAAACUGUCUCCACUGCCAGUAAAGAUGAUUUCAGGAAAGAUGAUUGAAAAACUUGCUAGUUGCAAUUUUCAUUUUCUUUUUCCCAGAGAGCAGCAGGAGAGACAGUUGACAUUUGAGCUGUGUCUCUGAACUGCCCCUGUCCCUAAUUUGAGUUGAGAGCUCACAGAGAACCACAGACCUGCUCCUUAGCUGGUUUUCUUUUCACAAAAUCUUUCAGCCAUAGAAAAUGAAUAAAAGCAGGGCUCCCCAGCCAGCCCAGCCAGACAUCCCAGCUGCCAGAAUAGGUGCUUGGGAGCGGGUCAGGGGUGCAAAGCACAGCCUUGCUCUGUUGAAGCCAGGUACUGUCCUGGGCAAUUGGCUCCAGGCUCAGCUCAGCUCAGGAGGCGACCUACUGGAGCUACAGGCACCUGAGGCAAGGAAUGCCUGAAGGAAAGGGGCCAGGUCCUGCUCACCCCUCAUGAGCUACUUGCCCCUGACAUCCCGGAUGCUCCUGUUGAGCCUGGGUCCUUGGUGAAGCUUCCUCUUUUAGCUGCACCACCGCCAGGUGCCUGUGACCGCCCGGUGGCUGCUUUCCUUUCCGCGCCAUAUAUGGCCUGGCAGGGGGGGUCACAUGCAUCCCAGGCCGCCGGCCGGGAGGGGUCGCUGGGGAAGGGGCAGACGGCGGGAGAAAAGGGGAGGGGGUCAGAGGCAGAGACAGGAGAGGGGUGGGGUGGCGGAUUCUGGGGCCUUGGGAGGCAGCAAAGGCUCGAGGAGCAGAUCGCUCGCCACCGCGCCAUGGAGCUGCACUCAUGCGGCUGCGGAGAAAAUCUUCAGUACUUGUCUCGGAACAUGAACGUUUAAAGCUAAAACCUUCACAGAGAUGUGAGAUGGAGCAGGAGCAGUGGCUAAAUGUUGAACUCUUCAAAACUUGGCGUAUGUAAGUGGGGGCUGCUGGUGUACCACCAUCAUCCCCAACACUCCAGUUCAGACGAUGGGUGAGGAAAGUGGAAAGUCUAAUCAGUCAGCCGAUGACCAGUGGGAAAAAUGAGCUACAAGAUCACCUGAUCUUCAUCAGUGAGAAAGCUUUGCACAAGAGCACAUGACAUCUAAUGAAGCAGUAGAAUUCUCCAGCUUUGGAAGGAGAGGUUGCCAAAGGGGAUCCCACGGGUCCAUGAGAGGCUCCAGGAGAGGCACCCCAGAAAAGGACCAAGCUGGACAGAACUAGUUAACAGCAGGAAUGUUUUCCUGGCUGCUCAGGCUAUUUCAGAAAGAGAAUGGCGAUGAAGGAGAGACCAGACCAACAGAGAAGGAAGAGGGAAUCCUUUCUCAUGAAAAAGGAAGAAGGAAAUCAUUCUGGAGAAGGCACAGGUCUGCUAGAAAUACUUCAACCCAAAAUUCCAAAAUGACUAAGAAGAGAUCAAAAAGAAAUGAACUAGAAGAACUGAAAUUGGAUAUGAGGAAGAUCAGCAAUGACAUGGAGGAAAUGUGUGGAAUCCUGAACCUUUACAUGUAUGAGGAUUUGAACUACAGGAUGAACACUGAAUUCAACAUCAUUAAAUCACAACAUGAGAAGACAAUGUUGGAUAUGAAUAAAAUGAUCCAGUCCAUAAUUGGUUCCAUGCAGUACUCCAUGGAACUGAUAGAAGAUAACUAUUCCUACAGCAUUAAGGAGGACCACCUCCUCCGUGAGUGCACUCAACUCAACGAAAACGUAAGGAUAUUACUGAAUGAGAACAGAAGGCUGCUGGUGGAGCAGGCUGGCCAUAAGUGUCCUGUGGGGAAGAAAAGAGGUUCUCUGAGGAGGCCAGCAAGAACAUCUGUGUCCCAAGUGCCAAGGAACAGCAGUCCAGCAGAAAGCAGAACAUGGCACAGACCAGGAAAUGAUCUCCCUCAAAGAGAAGUGCUGGAGGAAGAGCACUGA